UGGUGACAGGCGGGAUCUUAACGCUGUCCAAUGGGACGCCUAUCAUUGGUUUAGAUCAUUUUAAUGGCACUGUUGCUGACCUAUCAGGGUGAACAUCGUAGAAGUCAGUCCUCCUUUGUCAAGCUCUCGAAUCGCCAUCUUGAGUUGAUGGUCGCUGUAUUCUGAAGGAGGUGUUCGGCGAUACUCCGAAGAUUUCAGAAUAAAUUGAUUUGCAGAGGGAUAACGGAGAUAGAGGAAUAACGUGCGCGUCGUAGCACAAUUUUAUUUGGAUAUGGCUACGGGAGCAAAUGCAACUCCUCUGGGGAAGUUGCACCCAAGCAUUGGCGCUAAACGGGGUUUUGACGCCGGUCCGGGUGCAGGGCUAAUGGCCCCACCGGGUCCUCCGGUGCCAUUUAUUCCUCCACAAAAUUUUCCUCAACCGCAGAUCCCGAAUGUGUCCUUUCCUCAAGGCCUUCCCUUCCCGACACCGGCAAUCCCAACCUUUUCAGCCGCAGCUCAGCAGCCUGUAGGGAUGAAACCGCCUCUUGGAGUGGAUUUCGGUCAGAAGAAGCAGAGGAAGAAGAGUCGUUGGAGUAGCGAGACUCCAGACCAGAAGACGGUCAUCCCCGGGAUGCCAACCGUCAUCCCACCGGGGCUGACUCGAGACCAGGAGAGAGCCUAUAUAGUCCAACUGCAGAUUGAAGACCUGACUCGUAAACUUCGUACUGGAGACCUGGGCAUUCCUGUUAACCCUGAGGACAGGUCCCCAUCACCAGAGCCCAUUUACAACAGCGAGGGCAAGAGGCUGAACACACGCGAGUACCGCACCCGAAAGAAGAUCGAGGAAGAGCGCCAUUCGCUCAUCACCGAGAUGGUCGGACUCAACCCUGAGUUCAAGCCUCCCGCAGACUACAAGCCUCCAGCCACCAGAGUGAGUGACAAGGUCAUGAUCCCUCAGGACGAGUAUCCAGAGAUCAACUUUGUGGGGCUGCUGAUUGGACCACGUGGCAACACGUUGAAGAACAUUGAGAAGGAGUGCUGUGCGAAGAUCAUGAUCCGAGGCAAGGGCUCGGUGAAGGAGGGCAAGGUGGGCCGCAAGGACGGCCAGAUGCUCCCCGGGGAGGACGAGCCGCUGCACGCCCUGGUCACCGCCAACACCAUGGACAACGUCAAGAAGGCCGUCGAGCAGAUCCGUAACAUUCUGAAGCAGGGCAUCGAAACACCAGAGGACCAGAACGACCUUCGCAAAAUGCAGCUGAGGGAGCUGGCCAGGCUCAACGGCACUCUGAGAGAGGACGACAACAGGAUCCUGCGGCCGUGGCAGAGCACAGAGUCGCGUAGCGUGACCAACACCACCCUCUGCACCAAGUGUGGCGGCGCUGGACACAUCUCCUCCGACUGCAAGUUCACCAGCUCCUAUGCCCCUCGUCCAGGCGAGCCGCAGCCGUCUGCGCAGGACAAGGCGCGCAUGGAUAAGGAGUACCUGUCCCUGAUGGCGGAGCUGGGGGAGGCCCCCGUGCCCUCCGGCGGGGGAGGGGGCCACUCGGGACACAACUCUGGCCCCCACGGAGGCGGUGGCCGCGGCAACCAGGGACCCCCGAGCCGUCCGCCGUGGAUGAACUCCGGCCCGUCUGAGAACCGCAACUUCCACAACAUGCACAGCGGUGGCGGUCACGGUGGUGGAGGUGGAGGAGGAGGUCAUGGGGGUGGAGGUGGUGGAGGAGGUCACGGAGGAGGAGGAGGCGGUGGCCACCACAACUUCCCCCCGCCCAUGCCCAACAUGGGGGGCCCUCCCAUGCCCCCCAACCCCAACGGCAUGCCCCCGCCCUGGAUGCAGCCCCCGCCGCCCCCCAUGGGCCAGGGACCCGCGCCCCCCGGACACCCCAUGGGUCUGCUGCCCCCUCCGAUGGGCAUGAUGCCCCCCCCUCCUCCUCCUCCAAACGGACAGCCCCCACCGCCCCCCUCUGGCCCCCUGCCGCCAUGGCAACAGCAGGCGCCCCCGCCACCCCCCACCAGCAGCAUGGGCAGCGCACCACUGCCAUGGCAACAGAACACCCCCACCACGUCCAGUGGCAACCUGCCCCCUUGGCAGCAGCCCCAGCAGUCGGCCGGCUCCGGCGGCCAGCCCCCUCCCCCGAUGGGCAACCCCUCCAUGGGUGUGCCCCCUCCUCCGGGCGUCCAGCCUCCCUUGCCCCCCGGCGCUCCUCCCCCACCACCGCCGCCCCCGCCAGGCUCCGCAGGGAUGAUGUACGCCCCCCCGCCACCCCCUCCGCCCAUGGACCCCUCCAGCUUCGUCACCAUGAUGAGCAUGCCAGGGAUGCCCCCCUUCGGGAUGCCCCCCGCGCCCCCUCCCCCGCCCCCACAGAAUUAAACCACCAUCACCUGACCAGAGAUGAUGAUGAGAUUAUAUUAGUGGCAUUAUUAUCAUCGUCAUUGUCGUCAACAUCAUCCUGACACAAACCACACCUGCACACACACACACACACACACACACCACCACCAUCACCCCAAAAAAGAACCAUACAUACGUACAUAAUACAUCCACAUGUCCCUUUCCCCUCCACCUCCCCAACUCCACCACCCCUUCUACCCAAAUCCCCCCCAAUCCCUCCCGCCAGCCCCAAGUACAAUUAAGAUGAUCACAACAUAACACCCAUCAGUACACACACACACACACACACACCCCUCUAUAUACGGGUCCUUUUUCAACCACCCAUACAAACCCAUUUUUCCCAUUACCCCGUUUCCUCCUGUCUCCAUGGUGACCAGGUGAAGGAGCCCCUCCCACAGGACUCUUGCCACUCCCCUUUUCUCUCUGCUCGUGUCAGGUGGUUGUUGUUUUUAUUGAAGAGAGCGUUUCUGCAUUUGUGUGGUUGUCUCUCUUGUAAAAAUCUGUUAACUUAAUUUUUUCCCCUCUUUUCUUGAAUCUACUCAUUUUUUUGUUUUGUUUAUCCAUUCAUAUUAUUGCAAUGUUUUUGUUGGUUGAUUUUUGUAGUCUUUGAGUUUCAAUACUUGUCCUUAACCAGGGAAAGGAAUGGCAUGAUGAAAACAUACACACACACACACGUUUACUCUUUCUCAGUCACUUCUCAUCUCUCGCGCUCUCUCUCUCGCUGGGUGACGGUGCAUUUUAAAAGUUCACCACUCUUCCGGUCUCAAGUGAUGGAACACAUAGGGAGUAGAAUCAGAAUUCAGACUCAACAUUCCAACUUAAACAAAAGAAGAAAAAACUCAUCAUUUUAUAUCCGUGCAGUGCAGAGUUUAUUUUCUUGCUGAGAAAAAGAAAUGCCAUUAUAAUGAUUAUUAUUAUUAUUAUUAUUAUACUAAUCAAACAAAAUGCUUCAGAUGUUCUAACUUUGUCACUGCUGAUCCAUCAAUGCUGUACAAAAGAAAAAAGCGUCAGUGUCCUGUUUUCCUUCUCAUAUAAAUAUAAUACAAACACACACUCACACAUACGACAGGCAGGUAUCCCAAAUUCUCACAGUUUAUCUAAUACCUUCACUGCCUUCCUUGAAGUUUUACUAUUUUUGUAAAGAGGUUGAAAUAAAAAAAACACACAAAACUGGAGGUAUAGUGAAAAUAUAAAUUAAAAAGUAAAUACUGCUUAGUUUUGCUGAUAAUUACACCCAUCUCACAAAUACACCCCCUUGGUGGUUAUGUAAAUACAGCCGAAGCGCCAUGUUAUUUUUUUAGUAUUUUAAUUGUUUUUUUGUGUACAUUUGGAUUGUGAGGUGGCGUGGCAUGGCAUGUGUCGUGAUGGGGAAAGCUUGAUUUGGGCGCGGGGGAUUUUGACUUAGCAUGAUGUGAGUUCAUCAGGUCUGGAGUUUUGGAUUGGUUGCAAAUUUCAACCAUUCUCUUCCUCUCAGGCUGUUGUACUGUCCUCUGUUCUUUUUUUUGACCAUUCAUUCAUUAGUGCUUUUAUUAUUUUUUUCAAGAUUUUUUUUCUCUCCCCAUCAUUUUAAAAGCAAAACAAAUCAGUUUAAUUCUGUGGAUAAAAGAGGAAGUUUAAAAAAAAUGAUGAAACCUGCAUUUUGCUUAACGCUGUCAUGGCGUCUGUGUGUCCUGCAUAGGUUUUCUUGUGACGUCUAGUUUGAGAAGAAUUGGACAAAUGCUGUUAUUAUUGGAGAUUGUUGCUUGUCAUUAAAACCCAUUCUUCUUAAAA